UCCGCCUCUACGUUAAAAACCCCUUCAAUUGCAAUUGGAAUUGGGGUUCCAUUGCCUGGCCGCAACCUUGUUCCCUCUCUGCUCCCAAUGUCUCUCCCAAAUUCUCCCACAGCCUCCCAUGAUGAAAUCGAUCCAUCCUUUCAAGAAGAAGAAGAAGAGGAGAUAGAAGACCCUGAGGAAGAAGUGGAGGAAGAGGAGGAGGAGGAGGAAGAGGAAGAAGAAGAGGGAGAGGAAGGGGAAGAAGAAGAAGAAGAGGGAGAGGAAGAGGAAGAGGAAGAGGUAAAAGUGAAGGAGGAGGUAGGAUUGGUAGAAGAAGAGGAGGAGGAUGUAGAAGAAGAGUUGGAGGAGGUAGAAGAGGAGGAGGAGGAGGAGGAGGUAGAAGAAGAGAUGGAGGAGGUAGAAGUGGAAGAAGAGGAGGAUGAGGUAGAAGAAGAAGCAGCAGCAGUAGAAGAGGAGGUAGAAGAAGAACCAAUGGAGGAGGAGGUAGAAGAAGAAGAAGAAGAAGAAGAAGAAGAAGAAGAAGAAGAAGAGGAAGUGGAGGAGGAGGACAAAAGGGCAGUGACAGAUUCUCCACCCAAUGUGGAUAACAAUCGCAAAGAUUCCAGCCAACAUAUGGGGUCUGAGGAGCAAGACGAGAACGUGGGGCCAGUUUCAUCUAUUGUAGAAAAACCUGAACAAGUGUCACAAUCUACUUUGCAUGACAUGGAAAAGAAUGAUGCCAUGGUCAUAGCAUCUGUUCCUUCAUACGAUGGUGGCCAGAAUUAUAGGAACGAAAUCAAGCAGCCGGGAGUAGAGUUAAAGGAUGAUGUGAAACAAAUGACAUCAAGGAGGACUAGAAGUCUGUCUCCUGGUGCCGAGAUUGAAGAUCAAAACAAACGGCCGAAAAUUAUAUGUGAUUUUUUUGCCAAAGGUUGGUGUAUAAGAGGAAGUUCCUGUAGUUUUCUUCAUAUAAAAGAUACUGUGAAUAAUUUUGACCAGCAGGCUGAAGGAGACUUAGUAACUGCACAUCAAAAGAGAGAAUUGAAAUCGGAAGAAGGUGUUAGGGAAAAUGUUGAGAGAUCGAGGAUGAAUGAGCAAGAAGCAAACCCAAGUUGGCAUCUAUCUCAAGAAAAACAGAAGUUUCCAGAGAAUAGAUUUGCAUUUAACGCAUCAAACAAUUAUUUCAGCCCAAAUCUCUCUUCGUAUUCAACCCGUGCUGAGGGAAUGGCCACCAUUCGAAACAAACAUAUGCACAAAGGAUAUACUUCUGCAGUUUUGAGUCAUUCACCGAAUUCAAGUGUGGUUACUCAAUUUCCAGCUCCAAGCAUGUCACUGUCCCACCGGAUUUUAGCCCAAUCAGGAUGUUCAUUGCCUUUUAGUUCCUCUCUAGGUGCAACUACUUUAGGUGACAAAGAAUAUCAUGCCCCUACGUCCACUUUCUCUGGUUCAGAGCGGGAAGAUUUGCCGCUAGUUAGUUCAUCCAGGGUUCCACUGCAUUCUACUGGAUAUAAAUCAAAAAUCCGUACUUAUAAUUGGGAACCUUCUGUACCAUUUAAACCAUCAUUUUUUAUUACUUCUAUGAGUGUAUCAUCCCCUGGAGAUCUUUAUGAUCCUCUUCGUGAUAGCAUUGAGAUACCUAAUAUAGGAGAUGGGUCUUUGAAAGCUUCCCUUUUAAUUCAAGGAUCAUCUAUCCAGGCUUCACCACAGGUGCGGACAUAUGGUGAUUCUGCUGUAGUUGGGAAACACAAGUCUGAUCUUAAUGAUGCCAAAAGUUCUGUAUCUUCUCAUAAUAGAUUUUAUGAAAAUGAGCCAAACAAAAGUUGUGUUCCUCGUGAAAAAGAUUGUCUUGCAACUGAAACAGAGAUAACAUCAGGAACUUAUGUAAACUAUCUAGAUGGUAAAGUGGGCGUCGGACAAGAUUUUACAAAAACAGAGAAAGAGCGUGAUGCUAGAUAUCAUGGCCAAGGAUCAGGGCACAAAAAGAAGAGAGUAGAUAAGGAUAAGAAAAUUCAUGAAAUGGAUGUUGACUUUCAGACGGAUGGCAACGUGCAGAAAGAACCGAAGACAUUAAGAAAUUUCCGUGCGUGUCUUGUUGAUUUGGUGAAAGAGUUGUUAAAACCAUCUUGGCAUGAGGGUCGUCUCAGCAAGGAUGCACAUGUUAUGAUAGUUAAAAAAUCAGUUGACAAGGUUGUUAGCACCCUAGAGCCCCAGCAGAUUCCGACCACCAUAGAUGCUGCUAAGCAAUAUGUUUCUUCAUGUCGGGGGAAAAUUGCAAAGCUGGUCAACGGAUAUGUCAAUAAAUAUGGCAAAUCUUGAUAUGCGAGCCCAAACACCUUUUGUGGACAGUUUCUGAUCAGUUUGGCUGAUCCCAAUUCAUUAUAACUUCCAUCUGAGGCUAUCUGUUUCAUAGUCAAGGUUGAUUUGGAAUGUUUUGAAUUCUCUUUCAACAUGUUUGCUUCAUGUUUGACCGGUGCUUUUUCUUGCUUGUUCAAUUCCGGUGUAAACAUGCAUGAAUUGCAUGGUUUAUAACUUAAGGAUACCUUAUUUUCAUUAGAUGAUAUAUCAACCAUGUUUGCAUAAUUAAGGUUGGUUGUUUAAAAACAUCUAUUAUGAUUCUCUAGGGCCUGAAAAUAAUGGCCAGCAACUAGGAAAGACUGGUAGGGUUCAUGCUGUUUCUUUGUUUUCAUGUGUCUGAAAAUCUGGAAAUUGUUGUAAAUAUAUUGAUAUCCCGCACUGUAGAGUUGGGUUAUAGAAGUUGCAAUAUGUCGGGCAGGAUUUUUAAUGUCCCAGUGGUCAACCUCAGCAUUUGUAUUUUAUUCUGUUUCAUCUGGGUUUCUUGUUUUGUUUAUUA